UGUUAAACAAAAUCAGAGCAAACAUCUUUUUGGUUCAAAAUCUCCAGGAUUACAAAACUAUACCAAUAUGGCCUCGUUGAAUGUUCCAAACUUCGGAAAAGUUCUAAUAUGCCCUUACAACAUCUCGCAUCAUAUUAGUGUUACAGGCAUGCCGUCACAUUUAAUAAAAUGUCGACGACAACAUCGAAAUGCAAAAAUCGCCAUAUGUUUGUUCAACCGAACCCACUGCGUCCCGGAACAGGAGUUGGCAUUCCACAUGAAAAAUUGUCCGGACCGAGCAAUGAUGGAGACGUAUCAGUAUGUUACCUCGACGAAUGGCAACAUGUCUGAUUUGGCGCUUGACGCUGCUAUUAACGGAACGAAGGGCAAGCCAGACGACUACCAACCGUCUCAAACUGGUAAUGAUGACGAGAAUUGGGAUGAUAUGAAUGCCAAGCCGUACAACCCAGUUGCAUACUGUGAAACGCAUGCUGUGAUCCGCAAAGCCACUCACAAAACUGCCGCAGAAAAACGCCAGUUCUACGAAGAUGAGAAGCACCGUAUCUCCCAGCUCAGAAAGCGCAAUCUGUAAUCAUCUAAAUCGUCAUUAUUUUCAAUUUUAAUUUCUUUUUAUCCUCAAAUUCAAGGAAACUUUAAAUUAAUAAGUUUUCAAUAUAUUCAAAAUGUAUGUUAUAAGAUGACAAUAAAAACAAGUUUGUGUUACU